GACCGCUUUCUGCGCGUGACGCAAUUCCUGUUUGCGGCCUGGAGGGUAGAGAGAGGCUGUCGCUGCCGUCACCGACCAGACAGCGGGAAGGAACCUGCUCCUGAGAGGAGAAAAGGCGAGUGGUGGCAACGGAGUGCUGCGGGAGCCCUCACUGACGGAGAAGAAUUCGCUGCGGAACUUUGGUAACAAAGAAAUCUAAAACAUGGUGGAUUAUUAUGAAGUUCUAGGAGUGCAUAGGCACGCAUCACAAGAAGACAUCAAAAAAGCGUACCGUAAACUAGCAUUAAAGUGGCACCCUGAUAAAAAUCCAGAUAACAAAGAAGAAGCAGAAAGGCAGUUUAAACAACUAGCUGAGGCAUAUGAAGUCCUGUCAGAUGCUAAAAAACGUGAUAUCUAUGACAGAUAUGGAAAAGAAGGCUUAAAUGGAGGAGGUGGAAGCCAUUUUGACAGCCCAUUUGAAUAUGGUUUUACAUUCCGGAACCCAGAGGAUGUCUUCAGGGAGUUUUUUGGUGAAAGGGACCCAUUUUCAUUUGACUUCUUUGAAGACCCUUUUGAUGACUUUUUCGGUAACAGACGAGGGACACGUGGAAACAGAAACCGAGGUGGUGGAUCCUUCUUCUCUGCCUUUGGUGGAUUCCCUGCCUUUGGGAGUGGGUUUCCUUCGUUUGAUACAGGUUUUACUUCGUUUGGUUCUUUGGGACAUGGGGGCCUUACUUCAUUCUCCUCAACAUCAUUUGGUGGCAGCGGGAUGGGUAACUUCAAAUCAGUAUCGACUUCGACUAAAAUAGUGAAUGGCAGAAAAAUUACUACAAAGAGAAUUGUUGAGAAUGGACAAGAGAGAGUAGAAGUUGAAGAAGAUGGCCAGUUAAAGUCUUUAACAAUAAAUGGUGUAGCUGACGAAGAGGCCCUGGCAGAGGAAUGCAGACGCCGAGGACAAAACGCUUUGCCUUUCCAGCCGACUACUGUCCGGUCUCCAAAGUCCCUCAAGCCAGCCACCUACCCCAAGCAUGUCUUUCACAUUAAUAACGAUGAGGAUGAUGACUUGGUCAUGACUGGAUGGGAGUCUCCCUUUUAUUCAUCAGGACACAAAGAAGUCAACAAGAGGAAGAAGCAGAAGCUGAGGGAGGAGCAGAAGAAGAAGAAGUCGGCCAAGGCGCCUUACUAAAAUGGACUGCGAUGCCCUAAAACACCGAACCCCCCCCCCCGUG